UAUAGUUUGUGUCCUUGCAAUAUAAUUGUGUGCAGUGAUUAAAGGAUCAAUAUGAGUCAAAAAAUAAUUAAUAAAUACAUAAAUGAUGUAUCAACAUGUAUUGAUGAUAAUUUAAAAGGUUUUGUACAAGUAUAUCCUGGAUUAAAAUUGAUUUCAAAUCAUCGAGUGGUUAUGAUUAAUUUUGAUAAUCAACCAUUAGAUAAAGAUAAAGUAAAAGAUACAAUUUGUAAAUGUAUAUCUAUUGGUGAAAAUAAAAUAACAGUAAUAGAAGAUAGUAAUGUUGGUGUAAUUUGCGGGGGCGGUGGGGGACAUGAACCAUUUGCUGCUGGAUAUGUGGGGUAUGGAAUGCUAAAUGCAGCAAUUUCUGGUUCAGUGUUUGCAUCUCCUCCAACAGUGAAUAUUUUAUAUGCAAUACGAACAAUUGCUCAAAUUAAUAAAGGUGGAGUACUAGUGAUAAUACCUAAUUACACAGGCGAUUGUUUAAAUUUUGGACUUGCGAUUGAAACGGCAAUUGAAGAUGGUAUUCGUGUUGAUAGUGUUAUUGUCAAUGAUGAUUGUGCAUUAAUACAACAAACCAAAGGUACAGAUAGUCCAAGCAAAGUAGGCGCACGUGGUCUGGGCGCAAUGGUUAUUGUACAAAAGAUUAGUGGCGCAAUGGCUUGUGAUGGUCAUAAAUUAGAGGAUAUAGUUGCAAUGAUAAAUAACAAUAUUUUAAAUAACGUCGGCUCAAUGGGAUGCUGUUUGCGUGCAUGUUCUUUACCUGGACAGUCAUUACUUUUCGAGAUAGAUAAUAAUGAAAUUGAAAUGGGUGUUGGUCUACAUGGCGAGGCUGGUUUUAGGCGUACCAAAUAUACAACUUUACAUGAUAUAUUGAAAGAAUUAAUUCAAAAGAUUAUAACUAGUGUUGGUAUCCAAGAGAAUGAUUCUAUAGUUCUACUUGUCAAUAAUUUAGGCGGGUUAGCAAAAAUAGAAGAGAAUAUUAUUAAUAAUCAAUUAGUGAAUAUAUUAAAUAAUAAGUUUAAAAUAAAAGUAUUAAGAAUAUACAGUGGAAAUAUUAUUACAUCAUUGGAUAUGCAUGGUGUACAAAUAACAAUAUUGAAUAUGAAAAGUAAUGUACGAAAAGAUAUAUUAAAAUAUUUGGAUGCCCAUACUGAAGCACCUGCUUGGCCAAAAACCAAGUAUAUAAUCAAUAAUCUUAAUAACAACAAUGAUAAUAUUAUUGAAGAUAAUACUACUGAGACAAGCCAAUUGGAGUCAGCAGCUCCAGAUUCAACGAACCAAAUUCUUUCCGAUGCUAAUAUUUUAUUAUUAAAAAAAACCAUUUAUAAAGCUGCGAAAGCGAUUAUUGAAAAUGAGCAAUAUUUAAAUAAGUUGGAUAGUGGUUGUGGUGAUGGAGACUGUGGUUCAACGCUUAAACUUUUUGCAAAAGGUAUAACAUUGACAAACAUAAAUGAUUUCCCAUCGACACCAUUCAAUAUAUUUAAAAAAUUAUCAACGAUUGCUGAAAGUAAAAUGGGUGGCACUUCUGGUGCAAUUUAUAGUUUAUUUUUUACCGGCAUAACAAAAUAUAUAAAAACAUUAUCAACAACCUUCAAUUGGUCACAUGCCAUAAAUAAUGGUUUAGGAUCAAUUAUGAAAUAUAGUAAAGCAAAAGAGGGUGAUCGUACAAUGUUGGAUGUACUAAUACCUGUUUGUAAUGAAAUAAAGAAAAUUGAUUUUAAUGAUGAAAAGAAUAUAAAUAACGUAUUGAAUAAGAUAAAUGAAUUAGCAAAUCAAAAUUGUGAUAAAACUAAAUUUAUGCAAGCCAAAGCUGGACGAGCUGCUUAUGUUGAAUAUCAAUCCAAUCAAGAUGUAGAUGCGGGAGCAUAUGCUGUGAAGAUUAUUGUUAAUAAUAUAGUUGCUACAAUAAUCAAAUCAUAA